AUGGCGAACAACGGCGAUUUGAAGGAAGCGAAGGUUACGGAUCAGAUAAACUACGAUUUCCUGAAGAAAGUGGAGUCUCCGGUGGCAGACGACCUUUACCUGAGGUAUAUCCAGGAGAAAAAUUUGACCUAUUACCGGAAACUUCUGGGAGAGAUGAAGAAGGGGUCGCGUGACUUGCUUGAUUCUGGUCUGUUCGAAAGGGCCUCUGCGAAGAUCAAAAGAUUGAUUGAGAAGGAGAGGAAGAAGAAGAAAACACCACCAGCCGCCGCCGAGGAAGAGCAGAAGGACAAUGAUGUUGCUGAGAAAGAGCCGGCCGAGGAGGACAAAGGUGAUGCUGAGGAAGAGCACGAGGACCAUGGCGAUGAGAAGUCUGCAAAAAGGUCCAAAAUAGUCUGA